AUGGCGAUGCCCAAUGUGGACGAAUUGUUGAAGCGCUUGAAGAUCGCCGGUAAAGACACAGAUCCUUUCGAAGCGAUCAUCAAGGACGCGAAAGAGUACGAUGAUGCUAUCAAGCAUGGAGACAAAGAGAAACUGAAGAAGUUUGACUUCAGUGUCAGUCCGGCGUUGGGCUAUUUAGCGGGCUGUAAAGCGGUUGUUUAUUGUAGUAAAGAAUGUCAAAUCCAAGAUUGGAAAGUUCCUAUUAUGCCACGGGCCGAUACUCACAAGACUCUAUGCCCGGCCAACAAAAUUUAUAUGCAACGCAUCCCCGAGCUGCAGGCUGUGCUGAACCAAUUCACCUGGGGUCGCAUUGAGUCCGACGGGACAUUUGCUCAAGACCUCGUGAAGGCCCGCCUUGAAGUCCUAGGAUCAGGUCCCUCCUUUGGGUACUGGUCUGUUCCGGGUGGUCAACAAGCCCAUGAUGUUCCUCGCUCCCAGCAGGCGGAAGGCACAUGGGUUCCACGCUCUAAAGAUUACAUUCACGGAGAGGCUUGGAAGUUAAAGGACCCGAAGCUGAUCCCUAGACUGUUCUUCGACGACGAGUUUCCUCCCCCACAAAAACCGCUGCCUGGUCAAGUGAAGGACUGGAAGAGCUGGUAUGAGUGGCGUGGCUUGAGCACGGAGUCACCUGUGGCGCUGAUGAUGGACUUCCCGCUCUCUGCUUAUUACCUUAUUCUUGAUGUGCUGAAGGUUGUACGAGUGGACCCGUCGUCUGCUAAGCAGCAGAAGUUGAAUCUGCAUUACUUGGGCGCAGAGGUUGAGUUGAACUAUCUGCCUUUGUUCUCCGAGCUCGCCCUUCUUCUGCCUAACACUCAGAUCACUCUGACCUUCUUUGGCAAAGCCGCCUACGACCUUGUCCACACUGCUCGAAAAUCUUACCCGUCCUCACUCGCCACACAAGACAUCGUCUGGUCCUACCAAGCCCCGAAGAAGACUGGUGGUGGGUCGAUCGACAUCAAGCUCUACUCUGAGCAGGCCCAUUGGAGUAGAGGAAUCUUGCUCAAGGGGACCUUAAGUCCACCUGAUGCUAUGGUCGCCUGCGAUGCUGGGCUGUUUGCAUACCCAGAAUGGUCGGACCCAAUGCUCUUUGCAGCUGCGUUCGGCAUUCCUUUCGGGAUCACAGAGUAUGCAGAACAAUCCAUGAAAACCUGCACCAAAAACCUUCCGAUCAUGUUCAUGGGGGCGGCAAGGGACAUGCCGGAUCCCAAGUACGCCUCCAAUAUUAGGGAGCAAAUGGAGAGGGACCAUCCCAUCACGUUUAACCCGUUUCAUCGUCCUGGACAGAGGUCUCUUCCUAAUAUCAGGAUGCCGAAUGCAUUCAACGGUUUCGCGCUGCCGGUGGUCAUGAAAAGUUGA